GUGAAGUGCCACUGGCUGCUUUGUGAUUGGUGGAGUGAAUGCUGCCUGGCCUGCGCUUACUCCGUGGGUCAGUGGGCUGCGAUCCAGGCACCUGUCUGCAUGAGGGCAACGCUCCGUCAGGGCAGGGGAGUAAAGAAUGGCACGGCAGAGGCUGAAAAAAGAGAGGCUGCUUGAUGCAAAAGUGGAUGGUAAAAAUGGAAAGAAUAUAGGAAUUCAUAAGAAGGCUCCAGCCAAGGAGAAGGAGAAGAAGAAAAAGUCCAACUUGGGGAAUAUCUUCAUCAACAUAGCAAUCGUUUUGUGUACUGUGAGCUGUGUCUGGUUUUGCUAUGCUAUUUACAUGAGAUCGUGGUUUGCUAACAGAAUCAUAACACCUCACCCUUCAUUCAGGAUAUUGAACAGCAACAGCUCUAGUCCCACAUUGUCACCAGAAAAAUACUGGGGAUCGUACCGACCUCAGGUAUACUUUGGAAUGAAAACACGGAGUCAGAAAUCCAUUGUAACAGGAUUGAUGUGGCUCCAGCAGUUCAAGGCAGAGGUGAACUUGCGCCAUACAUGUGAACAGGGUGAUCGGCUGCCCAGCUAUGGCUGGCUAAUGCAUGAUGGCAUCAACUUCGGGGUGCAGGAAAUUAAAGAGAAUGAUUUCAUUUUAACAACCGAGUUUGUGAAACGUCUUGGUGGGCAACAUGGUGGAGAUUGGACUUGGAGAAUCACUGCCAAACCACAGAGCUCUGCUCCAGAGAACCCAGUGAUAUCGCUGCUAUUUUAUGUCGCUGGUGAUGGACAGGGAGUUCUACAGCCACACAUUGAGGAGAAGAGGAGGUUAGUGGCAGUGUCAGGGUCAUCAGAGGAUUUGGGAAAAUUCACAAUUACUUUCCUGACACCAACUGAUCGUAAAUCCAGGAACUCCAAAUACGCCAGUUACAACCAUCUCCAAGCACCUUGUCCAAGUCUGGAGAUGGUGACAGACAUUGUGAAAAGCAGCUUGAAUGGCCGUUUUGUCUACAGUGCAGCCUCUACAAGCAGGCGCUACUACAUCGGUGUGGACAGUUACAGACCACCCCCGAAACAAGAUGGGAGCACCACAUCAAGCGAACUCCUGGUUCAUCAAGUGACAGUGCAAGUUCCCUUUGAGGUUGAAGUCCUGUUUGAAUCAGCAAGUUUUACACAACGAUCAAAUCAAUUUUCUGGUGAGGUUUUCUCAAAUGAACUUGAAAGGUGGAAGCAAUCAUUUGACGAAAAAUUUGACAGCACUUUUCACUUGUCAAAUAAAGGCUUUUCUCUGCAACAAAUUAAAUUUGCUAAAGCAGUUUUCAGUAAUACAAUUGGUGGAAUGGGAUAUUUCUAUGGUCAGUCAUAUGUUCAAUCCAAAUACAAUGAGUACCCUUUGCCUUACCUGGAGGGCCCACUCUACACUGCAGUUCCAUCCCGGUCAUUUUUCCCCCGGGGAUUUCUUUGGGAUGAAGGAUUCCAUCAACUCCUGAUUAGUAAAUGGGACCGGUCUAUUAGUAAGGAAGUGAUUGGACAUUGGUUAGAUAUGAUGAACGUAGAAGGUUGGAUACCCAGAGAGCAAAUCCUGGACAAUGAAGCACGGAGUAAAGUGCCAGCAGAGUUCAUUGUACAGAGAAAUGAAAAUGCCAACCCUCCUACGCUCUUCCUGACAUUGCAAAAGCUAAUAGAAGAUUUAAAUGGAAAGUUGACUGAAGAAGACAAGUCCUACUUGAAGAAGCUCUUCCCGCGUUUGAAGACUUGGUAUGAUUGGUACAAUUCAACACAGGUUGGACCUCUACCAUCGACUUAUCGGUGGAGAGGCCGUGACACUGACACCAAUCUGUUCCUCAAUCCUAAAACUCUGACCUCUGGACUUGAUGAUUACCCUCGAGCUUCUCACCCUUCUGAGGAUGAACGUCAUGUGGACCUCCGCUGCUGGAUGACAUUGGCAUCAAAGGUCAUGAGGGAUAUCGCCAAAAUCCUCAGUUUACCACAUCAGGAGUAUCAGGACAUGUAUGAAACCUUGAGUGACAACACUCUGCUUCAACAACUGCACUGGUCUGAGGAUCUGAAGGCAUUCUGUGAUUAUGGGAAUCAUUCUCAGUCCAUUUUUCUGGAGCGAGAGAAGAUCUAUGUACCCCCUGGUCAGCCUCGACAAACUGGCCACGCAGCCAGGCUUGUACGCUCCGUUCGGAAACAGCCAAAGCUGCAGUAUGUGAAUGCAUUCGGUUACGUAAGUCUGUUCCCGUUCCUGCUACAUAUCUUGAAACCUGAUUCUCCAAAGCUUCAGCACGUCUUAAAGGAUAUAAAGGAUGAUGAGAAGCUCUGGACCCCUUAUGGCCUACGCUCACUUUCAAAAUCUAGCCCUCUCUACUUGAAACGGAACACUGAAUAUGACCCACCUUAUUGGCGGGGGCCUAUUUGGAUUAAUUUGAACUACCUUGUAGUUCGAGCACUAUAUUACUACUCCACUCAAACUGGACCAUAUCAGGAAAUGGCAGCAGCACUCUAUCAGGAGCUGAGGACUAACCUCAUAUCGAAUCUGUAUAAGCAGUAUGUACAGACUGGUUACCUGUGGGAGCAAUAUAAUGAUAGUACUGGCAGAGGGCAGGGUAGUCACCCCUUUACUGGUUGGUCUUCCCUUGUAGUUCUGAUAAUGGCUGAGCAAUAUUAAACUUCCUACCACUCGCAUCCUGUAUAAAGGUUUCAGAGGGAUUAUUUGCUAUUAAAUAUUUCAUUAUUUCAAUGAUUGAUUCAGUUAUGGUUAAACUCCCCAGCAUCCUAAUCAGAGAGAAAUUCAACCUGCAGGUAUUACAUGAUAUUAGCAUAAGAGCAGGCAUUGACAAGUUUAGUAGUACAUCAACCAAACUCUGUGUACACAGUGACUGCUACAUUUUCAGGGAUUUUUUUUUUCAGGCUGUGAAAGCAUUAGUUUCCCUUAAGAAAUAUUAAUUAGGAGCCUGUGUAUGUUUAAUAUCCCAUGGAGAAUCAGCAUUCAACAAAAUAGGUAGCAGCUAUAGUCCAUGCAGGUUUCACUGGACAACAGCCACAACUUUUAAAAAUACUUCCUGUAUCAUGGUCUGCUGUUGACCCUUCAAACUUAGUGUGAGCUGUUGUUGGUCCACAGUUCACCUCCUCAUACCCUGUAUCCUCCAUUCCAUCCAGCAGCAUUCACAGUGAACCUCAUCCUCCCACUUCUCAGUCUUCACUAAAAAGUAAAUUAAAGGUGAAGAUUUGUAAUUGUCUACCAAAAUACUCGUCUAUAAGAUUUAACAUCAUAGCACCUUUUCUAUUCAGCUGAAUGUUGGUGUAUUCAAAUCUCAAGGAGCCAGAAGUAUGUAGAGUCCUGUUUGAUGUAUUCAAACGAGUGAAUCUAUACAACCUCAGCAUGGGAUUUAAUAGGGCUCUGCAUUUCUUCCACUGUUAACAGACCAAUUUUUCUAUAUUUAAUUGUACUAGAAUCUGAAAGGCUGGACCAAUAUGUAUCACAAUAACUGGGCUUUUUUAGGAAGACUUUGGAAUUUGCUGUUCAAUUCCUUCCAGUGCCUCAUGGACCCAUUGCUGGUUCUCUCAUUUUGUGUGGCAUUUGUAAAUAAAUAAAUUGAUAUGUUAAAUAAAUCAAUUUGUGGCAACUUCAACACAAAUAGUCAAAAAUAUAAGAUGUGUACCUCUUUAUAGGAACCAAAUAUGCAUUAAACUUAAAAUUGUCAUGGUUACCUCAGACAAAGUUUCAUUUUAUAAAGAUUAUAACAGAAACUGAAAAUGCAUUUGUCCAUUUGAUUCUGGUCUAUGCAUGUUUUCUUGUCAUUCAUUCCAUUCCCAUUCCUCCCAUUCUUUCCUCAUCCCCCUAUAUUUUCCUGCUUUGACUGCUGUUGUGAAGACUUGCUGAUUCUGGUUUGCUUGCCUGACAAAUUGGCUAUUUAUUUGUUACCUAAACUGAGAGUGGCUUGUGGAAAAGAAAUUUAUCACAAGGGAGAGUCAUGAUGUAAAGAUGCAGUGAAAGUUAAGUUUCAUCAUUGGCUUCAAAUGGAACAGAUCCCUUCAUAAUCACAUCUCCUAUCAAUCUUCUAGUUAUUUGAGAAAAGAGUCAAUGUUCCAUUAGCUAUUUUGAUGUACUUAUUAAGUUUUGCAUAUAUACAGUAUCUAGUCAGGUUCAAUGUUUGCUCCUCUGCAAUUUCCAAUCUUUUGCUUUUCCAAAAGAAAGUUUCUGAUUGCUUUUUCUUGGAUCUGAAUGUGAUCCGGUAGGAUGGCUUGGAGCUGCUGUAGAAACCAAAUAUUCCAAAGCAUAGCUCACAGCUCCAGAGACUUUCAUUCAGUCGCAGGCGUCAGUGCUGUUUCCCCCUGACUGCAUGGGUUCUCCAAUCUACUCUGUUUUCCCCCUCCACAGAUGUGUUGGACACCAUAAACAUGAUAUUUCUGUCAGUGAGCCUUAGGAGAUUCCAGGGGAUUAUUGAGCAUGUGAGAGAAACUGUUACAGGAAAUAUGGAGCAAUUAAGUGCCAGCAUAGACUUGAUGGUAGAAUGAUUUCCGAUGUCGAUGUCAUAAGGACUUAUGGAAUAUGAGAACAAAGUCAUCUGCUGUUCAGUAAUAUAUCUUUACUCUCGUACAAAAUGGUAGGACACAGACUUCUUAUAUUUAGGUCAUUUCUAAACAGGCUGUAAAUGUUUCAGGUAUUUUUAGAUAUAACAGGACCUUGAAUAUUCAAAUCUUAUUCCAAUGUUUUCAUCGAUUCAUGAAAAUCUUGCUAUCUCCUGUAGUUGCAUCAGUAUUAUUGGUGUCAGUAAUUGAAAAGAAAAUCAUUUGCACCAACGUCUUGUGCUGUGCAUAAAUAAUUAUUUGACUGUCUAUAUAUAUGUCGUUGAACUUUAAAAAAAACAUAGUUUAAAUUAGUAAAGUUAGUGCUUGCGUCAAACUGUCUUUGCAGAUCUUCACAUUGCAACGUGCUCAGUAUGUAAAUGCAUUUCUCAGGAAAUUUCAGCCUAACCUGCUAGUAGUGCUGCUUCAGGGAACUGCAGGCCAACAGGCUGGAUGGAAUAAGGGAAAUUAAUCUAAUUAUCUAUCAUUUAGUGAUGUUUAUAAUGUUUGAAGUGUGUAAUGGUUUAUAUGUAAUCUGCCUGCAUUUGUAAGCUGCAAUUUGUUUUGAUCAGUGAUCUGGAAAAGCCAAAAUUAACAGCUCACCCAAGAGAAAUUACAGCUCAUUUUGGAAACCAAGUUGUAAAUUGAUCUACCAGAGUGGUUUUCACAACUUUAGAUAAAUCCAGGUAAAUGUACUUCACAAGUGGAUAUUCACUGAACAUAUCUAGGACCAUAUUGUACCCAGGGAGAUAAUGCUUGCACAGCAAU